GGAACAGCUGCUGUGGAUUUUUUCUGGUGAGAGUGGGACUGGUUUCCGUUCCUUUACCCCUGAGCAAAUCCUUUGGGAGACUGGAAAAGAAGCUCUGGGUACUGCCAAAUAGUCCACUAGGUGUGUGACAAUGAGUGCGAGGCUACUUGUGUGAGAGAGAAAGAGACCUGGAGUAUUCGCAAAAGGAAACUUUCCUUGGAUUUUUACCUCUGUGGCGUCAGCUCUGACAGAAGAAAUUUAAGUAUUGUUCUCCUUUAACUGAAGCAAUUCAUGACCUGGAUGGAAUAAAAGAUGAGACCAGAUGACAUCAACCCGAGGACUGGACUGGUGGUAGCCUUGGUCAGUGUCUUCCUUGUUUUUGGCUUCAUGUUCACUGUUUCUGGGAUGAAAGGGGAGACCCUAGGGAACAUACCCCUCCUUGCCAUAGGACCUGCGAUUUGUUUGCCGGGGAUAGCUGCUAUUGCUCUGGCCCGGAAAACAGAGGGCUGCACAAAAUGGCCUGAGAAUGAACUCCUCUGGUGCCGAAAACUCCCCUGCUUUAAAAAAUCAAAGGACAAGGAAGUUAUUGAACUGUUGAGGACCCCAUCUGACUUGGAGUCAGGAAAGGGGAGUUCUGACGAGUUGGUCAAAAAGACAUACCUCAGAGGCACUACCUCCCCAAAGGGAGAGGUGCCUGUAGCCAGUUCUAUCACUACUACCAUUGCUACAGAAGAGGAAUCCAAAACUCUGGUCCAAAAGGAGGAUCAGGAUGAGGCUUCCAGAUACCUGGAAGGGCACUGUCCUUCAGGUACCUUCUCAGCAUCAGGGAGCACCCCCAAAUACAGUGCCUUGGAACCAAAGCGCUCCACUUGGGACAGAUCUGACUGCCCAGAACCUGAAGACAGUAUUUUCUUUGUACCACAAGACAGUAUCAUCGUUUGUUCCUACAAGACCAGUCCCUAUGACAGAUACUGUUGUUACAUCAAUUCAAGCCAAAUCCAUUGGGAACAUGAGACAGUAGUUUAAAUGCUGCACAAAACCAUAUCUAUGUUUAUACACACAUGGCGAAUUUCAGCUAUUAAAGGAAAAGAAACUACACUGCAUGAAGUCUUCAAAAUGUUAGAAAUUGGCCUGGUAUGUGAUGGAUAUUCAGACCUCCUGUGCCUGAAGCCCUGUGAAUGAGCAUGUUUGAGGGUUGGGGAAUUAUUUUAGUGAGAAAUGGUGAGGUCUAUGAGGGACAUAUCUAGAGGAUGUGAGAAGGUGACCAAGGAAAUCAGAAUUCAGAUUCCUUAUCUGUUAAAUGAUGUUGAAUGUCUUACAAAAUAGACCAAAAGUACUAUGUGGUAUCAGGAGCCAGCUAUGUAUAAAAAGUAACAAAUGAUGUAUGAGAAUAUAUGCUUUCAAUAAGAGAAUUUCUUCAUUUCUGAAGAAUUUUAAAAGACCAAAUUUGUGCUCAAUUGCAUUAGAUAAUUGGGUGGGAGUUAGUUAAAAAGCUAUUUAUACUUAUUUAGCUUCCCAAUCAAGAAAAUAGCUAUAUUCCUCCUUAGAUGUUCCCUGGAAGUCCAAAGAUAACUUUAAAAAGCUGAAUUUUAUUCCAGUUUUUUGAUCUUCUAGCAAUCACCAUUCAGGGAACUGCAUGUGUUAGCUAAAAUAAAAUGUCCACUGUUUUGUGAAAAACUCAUAUUUUUAGAAUGUUAUGUCAAUUCUUAAUCUGAUUAUUUAAUGAUUUUAUUUGAAGUGUUUUCAAUAUAUAAUUAUCUUACAUAUGUAAUUUCCUCAUAAAGUAAAACAUGACAUGGAUGAAAGAAUUAUAGAGAUUCAAAUUAGUUUCAAUAAAUCAAAAUUAAUUUUUACAAUACAUGCAAAUACCAUUGAAAAUAUGGUUAUAAUUUUCCUGGGAAUUAUUAUUUUCAUAUGCCGCUUCCCAAAGACUUUAUGUAUACACACAAACAUAUAAGCACACAGUAAUUGCUGCAGCUAUGAACAAUGUGCCAAAUUUGCAUGAAACAUAUUGAUUAACUAUCUGGAAGCCUAGUGUUAGCAUGCAUGUUCACACAGACCCUAGAUAGUCCAGUGUCAUCAGGGUUAAUGGCAUAGAAAACUUUCUGAUGAAUAAAGAUUUAAUGAUCUCUUAGCACUUCAUAAAAAGGUCAAUUUUAUUUAGCCCAGAUCUCACUAUUUCUAAGAAAGCAAAAAACAAACAAACAAAAAUCAACCAUAGUGGAAAUUUUACAAAUAUUUUCCAUUUUAUCUUUUCAGUGCCAAUUACAUAAGAGAGUAAGGGCAAGCAGCCCAAGUGAACAUACAUGUCUGUUUAAUUGAAAGCUGAGAUUAAUAUGGAGCAAUGGUGAUGUGUUUCAUUCUGGGGGCAAAGAGGAUCUCAUAAACUUCAGACAAUGAUCAUUAAAACAUUUCUCACAGGUGUUUCUAGCCAUUCGCCCUAAAAAUACAUGGGAGAAAAGAGAAACUGGAUGAUAAUAAGUUGGGGGCUAUUUCUUUCAGGUACAUUAGACCUAAUGGCAUAUCCCUUACAUAAGGGCUAGAAAAGUUACUAGCAUUUAGAUUUUAAAAUUUUACAAAAUCACACUCGUCAGAUCUAUUUCAGACAUAUUUAUUCUUUUUUUCUGUGCAUAAGUGACUUAUCCUAUUGACUUUGAGCAAGUCACUUGACUUCUGAACCUCAAUUUCUCAUCUGAAAAAUGAGAGGGUUGGACUACAUCUGAUCCUGUCAAAAGAUACUUUGUAUACUUGUAUACUUCAAAGAAAUGAUUUAUAAUGAAAUGCAUGCCAAAGAUAAAGAAAUUUGUAUAAAUAACUGUGAGACUGAGUUUGCUAUUGCUAAAAAUGAUUUUGUACACGUAUGUGGAAGUAAAAUUUUUCAUAUUACUGACUGUAACUUUAUAACCAAAACUUAUCGAUGUCAGGGAGAAAACUAAGAUUUUAGUUUGAGGAAUUAGAUUAGGGAAGAAGCAUUUCAUAAAUAAAUAUGUAGCUCAACAUAAUGUAGCAUAUGGAAAUGAGCUAAGCACAAAAUAAAUUUACAGACAGAAUAAAUGAAAAUCUUUUAUUGACAUCAUUAUAUCUAUUUUUCCUAGUACUGUAUUAAUUAACACAUGAGGACUAUGGUAAUGGUGUUAAGUGGUGGUCGAGGUGGUAAUGGUAGAGAUAGUAAACCAUAUCUGCAUACUUGCUGAACGUGAAAAUCACUGGUUUAACCUCUGGGAAAAGUCUAAUGUGGUCAAACCUGUAGUAGAUGUUUAGAGUAUUUAGAAGUGAGUACGCAAACCCAAAAGUGAUUGUAUAUUGCUGCUCCUUCAAUAUUAUUUAUUCAUUUGGUCUAAGAAAGAGGCUCAUUUAAUGCUAGUCAUAACAGGGCUGAAAUAACCAGCUUGUUUCACAUAUUCUGGCUCUUCCCUUAAUACAUCAUCUCCUCUUCUACCACAAAACUUCCAGUUUAAAAAUUGGGCUUGACUUGAGGGCUACUAUUUUAAUAGUUGAAAGUCUUAUAUCACAUUAUCAAUUUUCAGAAUCACUAAAUUCCCCAUAAUCCUUUCUCUUUAAUACUGUGAUGAAAAAUCUUUGAGCUAAAACAGUAAUUUAGUUCUAAAUUAUAAAAAGAUAUACUUUUUCUUCAAAUAAUAUAAAAUGAGAAUGUAAAUAUAUGUGAUUUUUUUUUAAGGAUCUAGACUACACUUCCCUCCUUACACUAUGAAACAAUGCAGCCUGAUGCACAAAAUCAGCAAUUUCAAGUGCUACAGUCUAUUAUGACUUGCAUACUUUCUUCACAAUGUUUCCCUAAUUCUCAAAACUUAAACCAAAAAAUAUAGAAAGAAGCAUGAAAUCCUCAAAUAAAAAACUGUGCUCUAAUUUCAAGCCAUAAUUCAAAUGAACUGGUCAUUUUGGCGUAAAGAGUAAUGAAACAUUAACAUUACCCAGCUGGCAUUGAAGAAAUAGCCUUGCAGAACAAGUAGAAGAAGAAUAGUUACUUUGUCAUUUAUUCAGUAAUAUUAUUUCAAUUUGAUCUUUGAAUAAAUUUUUACUUGUGCUGUUAACUUUUUUCUUUCUGUAUCUUCCUACUUUUUUUUUACAUACUUGUAAAAAUUCCUCACAUCAAACUAUUCUUGGCUGCCCAGCAAUUUCAAAGCUGUUGCAUAUUUGGGAAGUUGUUUCAGUCUAUCUCAUGCUACAAUCUUCAUUUUGAGGAAUUUUUUUAGAUUUUUUUUUGUGAUCACCACCUGUGAUUUCAUUGGUGAAAGAAAGUUUCUAAUGAAGUAAUUUCCUCUAUAAUAUAUAGAUGGAUUAGCAACUGUUCUUUGAUGCCUGGCUUCAGACAGUUGCUAAGAAGUUAAAUGAUUUGUCCAGAAUUGCACAUCAUUAUGUGUUGGAGGCAGGAUUUGAACUAGAUCAUUCUGAGUCCAAGGCCAAUUCUCUAAUCUCUAUGGCAGGGAUUCAUAAUAAAUUAUGAUUUAUUAUCACAAUACUGAAUCAAUUGCACAACCCCAUAUGGGGUUGUGACCCACAGUUUAAGAAGCUUUAUUCUAUGGGGAUGGUAUCAAAUUCAAAUAGAAACUGGGCCACUUAAAGAAUGUAAGGAUCCCUGUAGGACACCUACUGACACAGAAAAUCAUAUACCAUCAUUAGCUAUGCCCUAUUGUAGUCUUAUUUAUUUUAUUAAAUUUUGACAAUUAUAUGCCAUAUGAUUCAGGUGGUACUCGGCAGCAGGUAGUAUGUCUGCUUCUUCUGUUCUUCUGCUCUACUGUUCUACUGUCUAUGGCUACCUCUCAAUGUUAUAAUUUUCCUAUAGCCUCCAGGUUCAAAUAUAAAUGCUAUGUUAGGUAUACCAAGUCUUUAGAACCUAAUUCAUUUCUACCUUUCCAGUCUUCUUAUACCUUACUCCCCAUCAUGGAUUCUUUGAACCAGUGACAUAGGCCUUCUAGUUCUUCCACAGACAAGAACCUCAAUCUCUCAGCUUUGGCAUUCUCUCUGGACAUACUCCCAGUUGCUUGCACAUUGUCUUCCCCAUUAGAUUAAAAACUCCUUGAGGACUGGGAAUGUCUUUUGCCCUUUUUAAAAAUUUCUAGCAGUUGAUAUAGUGCCUAGUAUACAGCAGGCAUUUAAAGAUUGAUUCAUAAUAAACCAAAUGUAAAUAAAUUUAAGGGUAGAGGAAUAGGAUGAAGACUAAAAGUAAGAAAGGAAAUUUUGGAAUCUUCAUAAUCUUUCUCCCUCUCUCCCUCCUCCUCCUCCUCC